AUGGGAGUAUACGGCUUGUGGAAAUUGCUUGAUGCAUCCGGAAAGCCGGUACCCUUAGAAAGCCUCGAGGGCAAGGUCUUAGCAAUUGAUAUAUCAAUAUGGAUGUACCAAGUAUUGCAAGGAUAUCAAGAUCGUCAUGGCGCUCCUAGACCCAAUGCUCAUUUGCUUGGAUUAUUCAGUAGGAUAUGCAAACUUCUGUAUUACAAAAUUAAGCCUGUUUUCGUAUUUGAUGGUGGAGUACCCAUGCUCAAGAAGAAUACAAUUGCCUCGCGCAGGAAGCAGAAAUCUAUUGCCACGAGUAAGGCGCAGAAAAUGAAGGCGGAUUUGAUAAACAACUUGAUAAAGCACAGAGUUGUAAAAACCGUUCUUAAUAAAGAUUCCAAGGAUCAGAAUAGUGAAGCGACACAAAUAACGAUAAAUACGCAAACCAAACAUUCCAACGAUGAUAUGUUUGCUCUACCUGAUAUGCCUAGCGUUAGCAACUUGCAGAGUUAUGUUGAUGAUGAUCAAGAUGAUUCCGACUCCCCUGUCGAACUAAGUCCACGAAAGCAAUCCAAAUGGAAGGGAAACAUACACAACGUUGACGUAACCAGUAACGAAUUUAAAUCAUUACCUGCAGAUGUUCGUUACGACAUACUCACUGAUCUUAAAGAAACGAGAAAACAAAAUUCCUGGGGUCGUUUGUAUGAAAUGCCUCAAGAAUCACAUGAGUUCUCAGGCUUCCAGUUGAAACGUUUACUUAAACGUAGACAUGUGCAAGAAUCUUUAGAAUCUGCUGAAAAGGAAAUGGGUGGAAAGACACUUACAUUGGAAGAGUUGGACAAGUUACUGACUGAACAAGGUGUUGAUACAAAGAGUAGAGACUUGGCUUUUCGAAUAGCCGCGGAUAAUACAACUAGAUUGAUCUACAUCAGUGACAAAAACGCGUUAGCGACAAAAUCUGUUACAAACGAACCAGAAUCGAACAAAAGUGAUACGUUACAGUAUGUAAAUGAAGAAAUUGAACCUGUUGCUGGUCCAAGUAAUCCUAUGCGAAUUGUAGAAAAUAUUAAUGAGUAUGAAUUAAGCGAUUCCAAUAGUGAGGACAAUAUAUCGAUCUAUGAUGAUGCUCUACCUAUUGCAGAAAACAUAAGUGAAUACACAUUUGAUAGUGAGUGGGAAUCUGAAAAUGAUGUAAACGAAUCAUUGAGAUUAUUGGGAAAGAAUAUGAUAAAUCCUGCAUUAACGUAUAUGUUAGAAUACAGCGGUUUGUCCCAGAAUGAAAUCAUGCAACUUAUUAAACGUACUAAGGAUGAAAGUCACAAAACGGUAAGCAAAAACAUUAAAGAUACCGCAGAAAAAGAUGUUCGUAUAGAAUUAGCAAAAAUCACAAAGCUAGAUGAUAAAUUAACUUUUCCUGAAAAUUGUGAGCAAGUUCUGAAAUCCGUAGAAUCACAGAGUGAGAGAGAGAAAGACGUAUGCAGUUUUGAAGAAAAUAUGACCGAUGAAUUAAUUUCAUCUAGUCCAGAAUCGGAUAAUCUCACUCAAGUUAAACCAUUGGAGAGCAAUGACAAGACUUCAAAUAUUACUAUUACAUGCGAUAUCUCGGACGAAGAAAUAGUUGACGAACAUUCUCUUACCGUGAAAUCUAACAAAAAUGUAAUACAAGUAGAUACAUCUGAUUCCGAUUCCGACGAUUUCAUUGAAAUCCAAGAUGUUCCGAUACAUGAUAUGAAUAUUUCAAGAAAUGUUACGAAGAAAGAAGAUAUUGAGAUAACUUUUAAGAUCGAUAAAAAGCCAGAAGAUGAUAUAUUUGCCGAUAUAUUUAUCAAAACGAAUAAAGAAGAAGUUAGACCAGUGAAUUCGAAGCAAGAACCAUUUGUCGAUACGAUAAACGGAGAUGAGCAAACACAAUUAAUUUCUGAAAACUAUAAUAAAGAUAGUGCCUUAGAUAUUAUAUAUGAAGAAUCAAUCAAGGAAAAAACAAAAACUGAAUUACUAGACAAUAUUGAAUUAAACGAGAAUAUACCAGAUGACGAAGACAAAAUACGUGUCGACGAAAACUCGAGUAAGUCGAUUGAGCAAGAUAAUACUGAUACUCGAAUUAAUUCUCUUGACGAAAAUAUACAGGAAAAACCACAAGUGUUACCUACUAAUAAAGAAGAUUUGAUAGAAUUGAAAGGACAAUUAGAAGAUCAGCAGGAAGAACUUGCGAGAGACAUUGGCAAACUAGAGAGACAAGCUACCAGUAUUUCUGAGCAAAUAAAAACCGAUGCACAGGAUCUGUUACGUUUAUUCGGAAUACCAUACAUAAUAGCUCCCAUGGAAGCGGAAGCACAAUGUGCAUAUUUGGAACAAAUUAAACUAACUGACGGCACAAUUACGGAUGAUUCUGAUAUCUGGCUUUUUGGAGGUCAAUGUGUAUACAAGAAUUUCUUUAACCACAACAAAAGAGUGUUACGAUUUCGUGCCUGUGAUAUUCAACAUCAUUUUAGACUCAACCGCAAUCAAUUAAUACAAUUGGCCCUUUUGGUUGGUAGUGAUUAUACUACGGGAAUAGUUGGCAUUGGACCAGUUACUGCGCUAGAAAUAUUAGCUGCAUUUCCUGCCGAUGGAGAUAACGUAUUACAUGGAUUACAUAAUUUUUGUUCGUGGAUAAAGAAGGGAAUGUUUGUUGCUCCUGGAAAAACGAGUUUGCGCAAUAAAUUGCGAAGUCUGAAAUUGAACAAAGAUUUCCCAAAUCAAGCAGUUGUCCAAGCGUAUCUUUUUCCCACGGUUGACGAGUCGAAAGAAAUUUUUACCUGGGACAAGCCGAACGUCGUGCUUCUCUGCGACUAUACCAGGCAGAAGUUUGGAUGGACAAAGGGCAAAUUCGACGACACAAUGAUACCAGUAUUGAAGAGGAUGGAAGAAAACAAGAAUCAAAAGUUAUUAGAUAUGUACUUCAAAGCGAAAGCGUCUCCGCGUUCGAUCGAAUCAAGCUUAAGUAAGAGAGUACAGAAGGCUUUGCGCAGAUUGAAUAGUGACGAUGUAGAUAUGGAUAGUAAUACAGAUGACAAACCUCGACUUAAGAAAAAUAAAAAAGACGGUGCUGUCCAAAAAUCAAACAAUGAAAAGAAUUCAGAAUUUGAAUUUACUGAACUUGAGACACCGACUAGUAAGAUUAAAAGUGCUAUCCAUGAGGGAGAGAGAUCUAUUAAAGCCGUUGAUGAAAAGAAAGAUAACAAGGAAUAUAUACCGCAACGAGAGAAAGAUAAGGAAAGUGCAUUAAAAAGGAAAUUGCACGCUAUAGAAAUAUUUAGAAAAUCAAAACAGGGUUUGAGCAAAACAAGAAAGGUAAAAUGCAAAACACGAAAAGUCAAGGAACAAGCAGAACUAUCGGAAAGCGAUAGUAACUAGAUUGAUUUGAUAAAAAAGAAGGAAAAAUGUACAUUUUUAUCAUACUGUAUUAUACGCUCUUUUGGAAGGUGUCACUUAAGUGUUAUCUUGCACGAGGCUUGUGUGUGUGUUUAAAAUAUCCAUCCACACAAGCUCUAUAACAACGAUGCGAGCUAAAUUAAGAAUCUUGUAAAUUUUUUCUAUAUAAUUUAAUGAUUAUAGGUGCUUUCCAUUUUUUUUUACACAAGUUGACACAAACAUUCUUUCUUGACAUUUAGAAAGUAACAAAAGAGAUAGAAAGACACUUGUGUUGACUUGUGCCACCAAAUAGAGAACACCCUAUAAUUCAUCGUGUAUUUAUAUAUGUAUGUCAAUAAUAUAUAAGCAGAGAGAAAUUUGAGAGUGGACACCUAUUUUCAUGAAACUUCAAUCACGAAUAAUCAAAGUUGACUCUGUUCGUCAUACAUCCUAAUAGUUAAUAAAUAAAUAU